AUGAGUAAAGAAUUAAUUGAAAGAAAUCGUUUAUCAAAAUUAAUUUAUUUUAAAAAUAAAGAAAUUGACCAAAUUAAAGGAAGAAUGUUUUCAAUUGGAGGGUAUAAAUCAAAUAAAUUAAUUUUGGAAAUAUUGGAAAUUAAUGGAAAUAAUGAAUUAAUUAAUAAAUUUAGAAUUGUUUUGAAAACGUUAAAAUAUUGGGCUAAAGGUUUGUUUUUGAGGGAUUUUGUGGGAAUUUUGUGGAAAUUUUAA